CUUUAUAGUAUUAUUUUUUGACGAUUCAUCGAUUCACAAUUCCGCUCUAUCACACCGACUUUAUCCUCCCCUAAUCUCGAUCUGAUGCUUCCAACUUCUGCCAUUAUUUUCUUCAUUUAUCAGUAGGGACCCAUCAAUGUAUCCCAAUUCGUUUCUCUAUGCAUCUCAGUAAAUUUUUUUAACUGAUAUCUGAAUCCGGCCUUAUCCCUCUGAUCUUCUAUUAAAUUCUUUAUGUCUUUUACAUACUCCAUGACCUAAACGUUUGCAUUACAUUAGUUUGCUGUCUUCGCGUAUUUAACACACUUGCAAUUCUCUAUUUUCGUCGUCCCCUUUUGUACUUUUUCCACCGGCUGUAUUUGCGUGUGAACAACGGUAACUGAUGGGGAAGAAAGUCAGAAAGAAGAGUCGAGGUUCUGCCAAGGAGAAAGGGGUUGCUACCCAUUUGCCAAAAAAGGUUAUUGAAUCUACCAACUCGACUGUCGAGUCUGUUGAUGAAGGCGUUUUGGUUGCAAAAGAGACAAAUUAUUGCCCUCAUCUCGUAAAAGGUGUUAAUUUAAGCAUAUUGUCCACCAAGAUUGAGUCUUGUGGAUCCAUAAGGUGUGAAGAUUGUAGGGAAGGUGCGGCUGAUAGAAGGGGUGGUAAAGGAAAAGGUAAACAUGGGAAGAAGAAAAGUGGUGCAUCACUGGAUUCAAAAUCUGAGUCAAAAUCAAUAUGGGUGUGUUUGGAGUGUGGUCAAUAUACUUGUGGUGGCGUGGGGCUGCCAAUAACCCCUCACUGCCAUGCGGUAGGGCACGCGAGGAAAAGCCGGCACCCCUUGGUUGUUCAUUUUGAUAAGCCUCAACUGUGUUGGUGUUUUCCUUGCAAAAUGCUUAUUCAAGAUGAUAAAAUUGAAAAAACUGAUGAAUCGAGUCAUCUUCUAUCUGAUGUUGUGAAAUUAUUGAGAGGACGAUCACAAGAAAAAUCUUCAGUGGAUAUUGAAGAUGUUUCCGCUGGGGAUUGCAGUAUUACUUCGGAAAUUAAGUCAAGAGCUCUGUUCACUAAUGAUUCGACUGUACAAGGUGGUUAUGUAGUUAGAGGUAUGCUAAAUCUGGGGAAUACUUGCUUCUUCAAUUCAGUCAUGCAAAAUCUGCUGGCCAUGAGCAGAUUGCGGGACAGCUUUCUAAAGUUAGAUGCUCCAGUUGGGCCACUUCUUAGUUCCUUGAAGAAGCUUUUCACUGAAACAAAUCCUGUAUCAGGAUUAAAAAAUGUUAUAAAUCCUAGAUCCUUUUUUGGCUGUGUCUGUUCCAAGUCUCCCCAAUUUCGAGGAUAUCAGCAACAUGACAGUCACGAAUUGCUCCGAUGUUUACUCGAUGGGUUAAGUACUGAAGAACUGGCUGGAAGAAAGCAGAAUGGUGCUCCAAAGAGAGAUGGGACCUCUUCCAAUACGUUAGUUGAUACUUUAUUUGGGGGUCAGAUAUCAAGUACUGUACGUUGCAUAGAAUGUGGGCAUUUCUCAACAGUGUAUGAACCUUUUUUAGAUCUUUCACUUUCUGUUCCAACUAAGAAGCCUCCUCUUCGGAAGGUCCAACCAGUACCUCGAACCAAAAAAGGUAAACUUCCACCAAAAAGAGGUGGAAAGACUCGAGUCAAAGUUAACAGGGAUACUGAUCCUUUACCUGUUCAAACUCUAUCAAACCAAUUAUCCAGCCACCAAUCACAAUGUCCUGAUCAGUCUGUCAUGUCAGCUGCCGGAGAUAUGGGGACUUGUUCUGGUGAUUCUACAGUAUUGGGUUCUGAACAAAGAAACAGCGUGGCUGAUAAAGAUUUGUCUUCACCAAAUUUGGUUAUCUCUGGAGAGCCUCAACAUAUGCAAGUGCUUGACAAUGGUGCAACGAGAACAUCAGAAGAUUUUUCAUGGUUGGAUUAUGUGGAAGCUGGAUCAAUGAUAGAUGAGUGUGAUUUUAUUUCCCAAAAGGGGGAUGCUCCAGAGGUACAGGAUACUGAGCGCAAAGAUGAUUGUUUAAAUGAAUUCCACGGACAGGCCAGCAGUGAAUCCAGUGGUCCUGUUUGUUUUCCUACGGAUGAUCAGAACUUAGGACCCGAAUUUUCUUCAGCAAAUGGAUGGGAAGAUGAGGUUCCAUUACAAGUUCAAGAUUCAGAAGUGCUGUUACUUCCAUACAAAGAAGAAAGUUCCUCGGCUGCUGAGAUCACAGGAGGAAAUGGCGAGGCCUCCUCAUCUGUUUUGGGUGGUCGUCCAGAAGAAUUGGAGAUUGAUGGCUUUGGUGACUUAUUCAACGAGCCUGAAGUUGUUGCUGGUCCUGCUCCCAGACCAUCUUCUUGUAGUGAGGUCGUGGAAGCUAGUUUUAUCGUUGGAAGUAACAGUGAGUCUGAUCCUGAUGAAGUAGAUGACACAGAUUCCCCUGUCUCUGUAGAGAGUUGCUUGGCACAUUUUAUAAAACCUGAGCUUCUCUCAGACGAAAAUGCCUGGCAUUGUGAGAACUGUUCAAAAGUUCUCCAUCUUCAAAAGAUGGAAGAAGAAAAGCAGGCAAGAGCUGUAUGUGAUGGAAACGAGUCUGGAAUUCAUGAUGAACCAUGGCAUGCAGUUACUUCUUCUUCUGUUGAUGUCAGAACUAAUGGAAAUGGGAGCAUAGAAAAUGAUCAAAACAUAGAAAGUUCGGUCUCACGGGAGAAACAUCACACAAAGCUUGAAAAUGGUCAAAGGGAUGAGCUUUGUUUAAUCCUUAAUGAAAGGAAUGGUGGGUCACUUGAAAAAGAAGAUAUUCCUAACGAUGAGAUGCAGUCUUCGAGGUUUCAUAAUGCUUGCAAUGAAGAAAGCUCCAGUCAUUUAGCUGCCGAUUCUUGUACUGCAGAAAUUGUCCGAAGAGAUUCUCCGAUGAUAGAUAAUGAUAACAAUGACUUGGAGGAUGCUGACUCCAAAAGAGUGAAAGUGAAAAGGGAUGCAACCAAGAGGGUCCUCAUAUAUAAAGCUCCGCCUGUCUUGACCAUUCAUUUAAAGAGAUUCAGCCAAGAUGCUCGUGGUCGCUUAAGUAAAUUAAACGGCCAUGUCAAUUUCAGAGAAAAAAUGGAUAUUAGACCAUAUAUUGAUCCCAGCAGGUGCACAAUUGAAGAGAAGUAUGAAUACCACUUGGUUGGUUUAGUGGAGCAUUCGGGAACUAUGAGAGGGGGUCACUAUGUUGCCUAUGUGAGAGGAGGGCACAGGAACAGUGGGAAAGAGAAUGAGGGUUUCACAUGGUAUCAGGCAAGUGAUGCAUAUGUGCGUGAAGUUUCCCUUGAUGAAGUUCUUCGCUGUGAGGCAUACAUUUUAUUCUACGAAAAAGUUUGAGUGAAACGCAUCUAUUUUUUAAGAAUUUACAUUCUAGAUAGAUAUAGAGGUUUACUAAAGUUAGGAGGAAGGGAGAUAAAUCUUUGCAGGUGAGUGUAAAAGAAAUUAGAGGAUAUUGUAUACCAUUUUUUAGACAUGUGAUGAGAUGUUGAAUGUACAAUGCGAUGUCAUACAAUCAAAAUUCAAAAACUUUCUUUUCAA